AAAAGGUUUAAUGAAAACGAAAUUCGCCAUUUUUAGUUGUCAGGAUAUUUGUUUGAUUCUUUUUCCAUUAAAAAUUUAAAAAGACCCGAAAAAUGCACGAGAACGAAAAAGUAAUGGCGGAGCUGUAGUGUUGCAGUCGCCGAUACAUACAAAAAUCCCUUUCCCCCACCGCCUCGCGGCGUCGCUCCACCAUCACCGCCGGAAUAUUCGUUCAGAAUCACCGGCAUAGGGCAAUCGCAGGCGCGAAUUGCGUGUAUAUGGGGGCAUCAUUGUCGAAUUUGGGGGAAAACGGGUCGGGCAGCGGCGGACCGGGUCUGGGGGAUAUACCGGAGAGCUGCGUGGCGUGCGUGUUUCUCUACCUCUCGCCGCCGGAGAUAUGCAAUUUAGCUCGCCUGAACCGCGCCUUCCGCGGUGCCGCCUCGUCCGACGCCGUAUGGGAGGCAAAGCUCCCCUCCAAUUACCACCACCUCCUCCAGCUUCUAUCGCAUCCCGGCGUUUGUGAAAACCUCUCCAAGAAGGACAUUUUUGCCUUCCUCGCACGCCCUAACCCCCUCGACGACGGCAACAAGUUGGUAUGGGUGGACAGAUAUGCUGGGAGAGUUUGCAUGUCAAUAUCAGCUAAGGGAAUGUCAAUCACUGGCAUCGAGGACAGGAGAUAUUGGAAUUGGAUUCCUACCGAAGAAUCCAGAUUUAACGUUGUAGCAUAUUUGCAGCAAGUAUGGUGGUUUGAAGUUGAUGGCUCUGUAACGUUCCCUUUCCCACCAGAUAUAUACACUCUGUCAUUUAGGAUACACCUCGGAAGAUUUUCUAGGAGAUUGGGGCGUCGUAUCUCCCACUUCGAUCACACUCAUGGCUGGGAUAUCAAGCCCGUACGGUUCGAGUUGUCUACAUCAGAUGGCCAACACGCAUCAAGCGAGUGCUUCUUAGAUGAAACGCCAGAGGAUGAUGCUAAUGGAAGUUACAAACGGGGUUGCUGGAUCGAGUACAAGGUGGGUCAGUUCCUAGUCAACGAGUCGGAUCCACCCACCGAGGUAAAGUUCUCGAUGAAACAAAUCGACUGCACACAUUCGAAAGGCGGGCUCUGCGUGGAUUCGGUGUCGAUCAUGCCGAGCGAGCUGAAAGAACGUAGAAGAGGAGGGACUUUGAAGUGAAGGGGGUGGUGUCUGUGUAUGUUGUUUUGUUUUAUAUAGGGCUUUGUCAUACACUAUACACUUGUUGAAAAGCAUUCAUACUUUGGUUGUAGGUAUAAUCCUGUCCAUGUAAUCUUUAUUUUGUGGGUUUUUUGUAAUUCAUGCAGUUUUGUCUCUCAAAUGUUUAAGCAGAAUAUUUUUACAAAAUCUGCCCCUUGUACCAAUAGUGAGAUAGAAUACAGUUUUGUAUAAACUUGUAUUUCAUCAAGUCAAGGUAUCUGCUUUCCAAUUCAA